AUGGCUCAGCCCUCUGUUCACCAACUCUACAAGCGCUUAGAGACUAUCGGAAAAGGCGCUUAUGGAUCUGUUUCCAAAGGAGUCCAUAUACCUAGCGGAAACUUUGUCGCUCUUAAGAUCAUAAAUCUCGACACCGCGGACGAUGAUGUCGACGAUAUACAACGCGAAGUCGCUUUACUCACUCAGCUCAGAGAUGCUCCAAAUAUCACUAAAUACUAUGGCUGCUACAUGGACGGUCCUAGGGUUUGGAUUGUAAUGGAACUUGCGCAAGGAGGAAGCGUGUUGUCGUUAAUGAAGGCUUCGAGGGACGGCUGUUUGGAAGAAAAGUUUAUAUCCGUAAUCAUUCGAGAAGUUUUGGUUGGCCUCAGCUACCUACACAAGGUUCCCGUCAUCCACAGAGACAUGAAAGCUGCCAACAUACUCGUCACCGCUGUAGGGAAAGUGAUGAUUUGUGACUUUGGUGUUUCUGCAUUGCUUGCUACUGCGUCGAGUAAGCGAAAUACUCUGACCGGGACUCCCUAUUGGAUGGCGCCGGAGGUCGUCCAGGCUGUACCAGCAUACGACACCAAAGCUGAUAUUUGGAGCUUGGGCAUCAUGAUAUAUGAGAUGGCCAAAGGAACUCCGCCGCAUUCUAAUCUUGACAAGUUCAAAGUCAUGGACCUGAUCCCAAGGGCAAAACCACCACGUCUCACUGACGCCGAGGCCGGGAAGGAUAUGCGCGACUUCAUGUCGUUUUGUUUGAAAGAAGCGCCAAUUGAACGUCUUCCUGCAGACGAGCUACUGAAGACGAAAUGGGUCAAAUCAAUCGCCAAAGUUCCAGUAUCGAUUUUGCAGGAGUUGGUCCGACGGUUACAACAAGCUGGACCUCGAGACAGUCUGGCAGGCCCUUUGGAUUGGGAAGUGGAAGAGUGUGUUUUGUUUUUACCGUAG